AUGGCUGAAACGAACCUUGGCCUUAGGCGCUCCUACGCGCAGCUAUUUGCCCAGGCGGCGCUGGCUGCUGUGGAAACUGAGACUGAUGAUUUGGCGCCUGCUUUGAGCACUAAUGUACCUGAGACAGAUCUCUCCCGUCGUGAGGAACAAGAUGGUUUGCAUCCGCAGAUUCCAACUGAGCUUCAUCCGGUUCUGGCUCUCGUGGUCCUUGCCAUUUAUGAGUAUUGCCAGCGUGGUAAUAUAUCUAGAAUGCGGGCUCGAGGUAACCAGGCUAUUACAACUGCUAUGGAUAUCUCCAUUCAUAGUCUUGAUUCGACGACGACAGAUUAUUCUGAGGCACAGAGACGAGCUUGGUGGAUGACGAUUUGGGUCACAUAUCUAUCAUCAAGCCUCCAUCUUUCUCCGUGGCCCAUAAUGAUGAAAGCACAAGAGGCUCUCUUUGAAUCCAACAAAAUGGUCCAGAACAUCGAACGUUUGGAUGAAACAGCCGUUCUCUCCGAUUUCGGCACCCGAAUACGCACGCUGGACUCAAAUCUUGUAUCAUUAAUAGGCGAAGCAGACCGCCAUCUUUUGACAACUUUCGAUGAAGAGCCAGAGGCAUCCAUAGCUCAAACCAUGUGGAUGAUCAGCCGGAUGUUCAUCCAUGCUGCUCGCACUCGACUGCACCGCUUCCGAGCAUUUAUGGACAUCCCCCUCUUCCUCGACAAAUACUGCGAUCUUGCAGCAAUCAACAGCGCGGAUUUUCCGCACGAAACGUCCGCUCCCAAAUGGGUCACAGACUGCGAGACCUCGUUCCCGUUCACCGAGCAAGAAUCCUCGAUGAUAUGCCUCAAGUCUUCGCUCGUUGUAACGGCAAUAUAUCGCAAUUUACCGCACCCGAAUCCACUUGCGUUGGCUCCUUCUAGAUCCACGACAUAUCCGAAAACCAUCCCUUACUUUGCUUGUUCGGCUAUGCAAAGCUGCUACGCUCUUCUUAUGCUAUUGCAUCGACUGCGUGCUUCUCUGGCGACGGAUCGGCUUGCGGAUUGUUAUCACCUGCUUAAUAAUCCUACUCCUUUGUCGGAGAUUGCUGAUGCGGAGAGAUUGAGGGAGGAGUUGCGACAUGGGGUGGAAAUUCUUGGCAGAUCUCUGAAGUCGGAUGUGAUUUUUGAGGGUGUUGGGGGGAUGGGGCGGGAAAUUGAGGGCGCUUAUCUAGCUGCUUUUCCUAGUUGCUUUGAGAUCUAG